AUGGCCAUGAACUUCGCUCCCUACCAAUCCUCCCCCCCAGAAUCCGACCGCGCCAAAUCACCACCCCUCCGCUCCCCAACCGCCUCCCCAAAACCCCAAUCCCCCCGCCCCCAACGAAACAUCUCCUCCAUAGCCAACACCGACCCCUGGGCUGCCGCCCGCGCCCAACGCCUGCCCUCCCCCUCCCAAUUCGCAGACGACGACGCACCAGGCGGCUACUCGGACCUCGAAAGCGGCGCCCCGCGCCAAAACGACUACAUCGGCAACACGGCCCUCCAAGGCGCCGGACCCACGUACACCGGCAGCGGGAGCGUCUUCGAAACGAGCCUUGGAAUACCGCUGCGGAUCGAAGCGUGCCUAGCGUACCUCCUCCUCCCACCAGCUGGCGGGGUGGUACUGCUGCUCUUCGAGCACCAAAGCGAUUACGUCCGCUUCCACGCGUGGCAGAGCGCGAUGCUGUUUAGCGCGAUGUUUGUGCUGCAUAUUGUUUUCAGCUGGACGAGCGUGGUGAGCUGGCUGUUGUUUGUGGGGGAUGUGGUGGGGAUUGGGUAUUUGACGCUGUGUGCGUUUCGGAACGCGGAGACGUUGGAUCGGGUGGAGGUGCCGUUUUUUGGGCGGUUGGCGAGUAGUUUCGUUGACGAUGAAUGA